UUUGCUUAAUUUAUAUAGAUUUUUGUGAAUGUUUCUGAAAAUUUGUCCUAUUUCUAAAUAUUUUGUGUUAGUUAUAAACAUUUACUUGUUUAUUCCCACUUUGAAUGUUCAUUUACAUUUAAUAUGUAAACAAAAAUAUAUUUCGAAAUUUUUGUACGUUCCCUUUUUCUAAUUUGUGAAGAUAGCGAGGAUGAGGGCUUAGAGUGACGACAGUUAAGGGCGAAUGAUAAAACAGGAGGAUCCUCUUUGUGAUAUUGAUUUCUUCAAUGAAAUUGCCGGUGCACCCUUACCACGUAGCAGCGCGUGCAGCAGCAGCAGCAGCAGCAGCAGCCCGUCCUCUUUUCUACGUGUACGUAUCAUCCUUAGUGGAGGGGGUGAGAUUGGUGCCAUUUCAGUGACGUCAGAGUCGAUCGUCAGGCGCAAACUGGGGGUUUGCGCCCACCAUACUACGUCAGAAUGACGAGCCGAUAAACUACCUAUCAGGUUUUUCUGCGGCGGGCGGGCCAACGGUCUUAGGUGAAGUAACCGUAAAGAAAGAAAAAAAUGAAGGAGGGUGCUGAGGUGGUGGUCGGUGAAGCACGUUCUGGAUUCUGGUUUCCAGGUGGCCACCGUUGGUUUGGCCGACGAUGGCGAACUCGGCGGGGACGACGGUCGACGGCAUCGACGUCGGCGAGAAUGACGGUACGACAGGUGUGACCGGUGGCGGGCCUAGGAAUCCUCUCAUCUGCGGUGUCUGUCAUGACUAUUACAACGAGCCUUGUCUGCUGUCCUGCUUUCACACCUUUUGUGCCCGCUGCAUCCGUGGCCCUCAUCUUGAGGGAAAAGUCUCCUGUCCCAUCUGCGGGCAACAGACACAGUUGAAAGAUGGAGCACAACAGCCACCGUCUGAUCAGCUAAUACGUCAGCUAGUUGAGUUGGCAAACUCUGAGAAUCCACCUUGUGCCAACUGUGAUAAACGGGACAAGUCUACUAUGUUUUUUUGUACAACAUGUGGACAAGCUUUGUGUACACACUGCAGGGAGAAUACCCAUCGCGCGAAGAUGUUCUCUACACACGAGGUGUUACAUAUGAGCAAAUGCACCAAGGAUACACAACGUCGUUGCCCGACCCACGGAGAACAAUACAUAAUGUAUAGUCAAAGUGCCAAGUGCAUGCUCUGCGCUACUUGUUUUCGCGAUACCCCUGCGGAUGCGAGGCUUCACUGCGUUGAUAUUGAAAGUGCCUGGCAACAGGCUUCGAAAAAGAUGGAACGAGCUGUUAAUUCCAUUUGUGAGCUGCAAGCUGGCGUGCGAGACGGAGUGUUGGCUUUAAAAUCACAAUUGGAUGAACUACGACAUAGUUUGGAUUCCGAAAAAAGGACAUUGAAUUCUUUCUGUCAGGGAAUGCAGGAAGCCAUAACGAAGACGCAUGGAAGUACUCUGACAGAAUUGCAGCGACAGUUUGAAACGAAGGAAAGGAUGGUUCGAAGCCAAUUGCUUUCAUUAGGUAGUGCACUUCCUGUGCUGCAGAUGCAUUUAAUGCUAUGCACUGCCUUUACUAGCGGCGCGACGAAAUAUCAAUUUCUCGAGCUAGCCCAUCCGAUGUUGGAACGACUAAGUCGAGUCGCACAAUUAGGAUAUCCAUCGAGGCCGCCUCUAUUGACUGCACAUCUGAAGACUAAUUAUAAGAAUGAAUUUGCUCGCGCACUGCAACCGUACGUCGGUCAAUCCCAGAAGGAAUCAUUAUAUGACCAAACUCACACGACGGCUCAACAGGAUCCGCCAGUGAUUCAGAGCAGCAAGUCUGCUCAGAGGAUUCCAACCAAGAGCGGGACCGACGGUGGACCGUUUUCCAGCCACUGUCGAACAUUUGAUAGUCAGCUGAAGGAAUUGAAUCAGCAAUUGCUCACUGUGAAGGAACGUUUAGAAGAAUUACAUCGUGAUGUGGCAGUUCUGAGAAGAGCUAACACACCUCCGUUGGGCAUACGUUACGAACAGGUGGCGAGGGAUUGUCGGGUACUAGAGCAACAAUUAGAGCAUUAUCAGAUGGAACUAGAACGUCUUAGAAACGUGUUCGAUACACUUUGGGAUGAACAGUUAUGUAGAAUUCACAUAGAAAAAGAAAUAUUCCAUUCUCAGAUGAACGAUAUCCUAUCGUUAAGAAGUCAGGUAAAACAAUUGCAGAAUCUUGCUCAACAAUUAGAACCAUAUAUAAAAUCUUUCGCAACCGGAGUUAGUGCUGGUGAAGUAAGCAUGAUAGCCUCUGAUGCAGCCAGUAAUCAGCAUUUGCAGGCGUUACUGGAUCACUUGGCACGUUUACAAAUGCAGGAACCACCGCAACCGCAAACCCAAGCCCCGACCAAGGAUCAUCGACAUUCGCGUACUACUGCAACUAGUGCAGAUAACGCGCUUUACAUGAAAGAAACGAAGGAGGUACCAACACGUUGCCGUACUCCUUCUGCUGAUGUCGAAGCUAUCUUGGAUUCGAGUGGAAACAUUAUUGUCUAUGGAACAGCCAAAUCAACGGACUCAAAAAAAGGAAUGCUUUGCCAAUUGAUCGAAAAAGCUAGAAGUAAAGAAGAUCGUAAGAAAUCGCCGGGAAGAGAGGAAAGUCGUGAUCGCAGUCAGAGCCGACGACCGAGGAAGUCUCCCGACAGUACGAAGCCUAAAACACCGCCUGGUCACUGGUCUGCCAGCAAAGUACGAUCUUUGUAUCGAUCUCUGAAGGGUGGCAGUGGAGAUAAUUCUGCCGAGGGACUCGAUCAACCAGAAAGGUGCACGGAUUCCCAGCAACCACAGUCGCAUACGACUGCAGGGGAAGAAGGAGAAUAUCAACGAAUUUCGGAGGCGUCUAGCACGGGAGAGGUGAAGAAGCGAGUUCAGGCUCAGGUACACGCGGUUCCCGACGAGCAAUCGAUUCCUGCAGGCAAGGGAACCAAAGUGUAUCCAGCUAGUGACUCGGAGGAUGUGUUCUACGCGGAUGAGAAGGCCUCGACGGAGGUGAGGAGACGUCGACGUGCGAGCUGUGACAGCCUAAGUACCACCGGCUCGGGAAGCAGGCGAUCGAGUAUUGUCGAUGGGACGGUAGGUCAAUCCGCGCAGGAUCCCAGGAAAACAAUGGUUCUUUUGAUCGGGCCUACACCGAAGUCGUCGUCUCUGGUGCAGAAGCAGCGUUCCUGGGAAACAUUUCCUCGGCCAAAAAGCAAACGCAGUGUAACGGCCAGCGAGGGGGGAGCCUCAUCUCUUAGCCAGCUGAAGAAAACGGACAGUUUCGAGGGGCACGAGGAAACCGUGAGAACACUGGUGGCGGCCGUGCAGGAGACAAGGUCACACCUGCUUCAUCGUCAUGUGCAUCAUCAUCGUCAUCAUCGAAAGAGCAAGACAAAUUAAAAUGAUUCAAAGGAAGCCACGGUGAAGGUUUCAAAGAAGCUUUCUUUCAAGAGGUAUCCGGCCCGGAUGGCCAAAGUGCGGAAGUAGAUGUUAAGUAGAAAGAAAAUUAUAUCGAAAUAAAAGUAUUUACUAGGCUGUUCUGAGUAGUUAGGCUGCGUUUGGCUAUCCGGGAAGGAAUCGAUACCCUCCAAAAUAAUGCCUAGCAUACAUCGGGGAAAGUAUUAUAGAAGGACUGUACUUUUUCAACCGAUAACAUAUUGUUAUUGGUAGAAAAAAAAUAAUACAUUGUUACGCAAAAUGGUACUACGAGGAUUUUUUUCCAAGUAUUUUGAGCGUUUUAUUAGAGGUAUUAUAAUAAACAUAAAGGGCAUUUCGUGUGAUGUAUAUAAUACCACAGACGAAGAUGAUCUUACGAAUUAGGAAUCGUUUAUCGCUAUAAACUGCUAUUGAUUAAAGCACCUUCGACAAGUGCAUGUUUUUACUUUUACGAGACAUUGUAAAUUUUUCGAAUAUUUUAUUUCUCGGUCUGGACCAAGAAGUGUUUUCAACGUUUAUAUAAUCAUCUUAUAUAAUUGAUCGAGUAAUUUCUACUCCCAUGUAUGUCUAGUCAGAGUUGUUUCAGGGUCAACCAGCCUUCAACGUAGAGCAGUCUUCAAUUUUUUAUCGAACAGCGUUUUGAUUGCACUUUGAAGCGCCGAAGGUCAUAAUAUUGCUGCCAAUAGUCAAAUAAUACGUAAAAAAAGUAUACAUAUUACAUAUACGUAUAUAAAAGAGAAAAAAGAAAUUAAUAAAUGAUACUCUUACUGUUGAUGCAAUCCUUACAUGGUGCAUAAACAUUCAGAGGCUCAAAAUAGGAUUAUAGGAAUACGUCGAUAAACUAUAUGUGGGUAUUAUGAUUUAAUUACUACUACUACUUACUACUACUACUACUACUGCUACUACUAUUACUACUAUUACUACUAUUACUACUAUUACUACUACUACCACUACUACCACUACUCCUACUCCUACUAUGAAAAAGUAUAAGAAGGAAAUAAGCAAGAAAGAGGAGAAGAAGAAGAAGGAGAGUGGAAAUGAAGGAAAUAAUUUCCCAUACUGCUCAAAUCAUGUGUUUUCUUUAAUUUGAAAUUAGAAUUGGAUUAAGAAGAAUGGAUUUUGUAAAGUGAACAAUUGAAAUUGAAUCGUGAAAAAAAAGGAAGAAUUAGAAUUUAUAUAUAACAAAUUCAAAUUUUAUAUAUAACAAAUACAAUGUACACUCAAUCCCUAUAAUUGAACGACGAAUGAAUCAUCGAUUGUGCAUGGAAAAUCGAAGUGAUUGCAUUUUGUCCUGAUAAGAAAAGACAGCCUAAUUACAACUGUACUUGUAAUUUGCCAAACACACGAGGAUCCAUCGUCUGCAAUUGUACUUCAAUUAUAUAGGAGUAUAAUUGCGAUAAAUGUUUUUACAAUUACAUACACGUGUCAAAUAUUGAAGUGAUUGUUUCAUUAGAAAUACACAAUACUCAGCUUCCACGAAAAACGAAGGUUCCUCGUGAAAGUUAAAUACAAUCGUUAAAAAAUUAAGAAGAUAUCACGGUCUUCGUACAGAUCAUGAGUUAUUAUAGUAAGUGUACACGAUUAAUUAUGUAUGAAAAAUAUCGAAUUGCUGAUAAUAUAGAGAAAUACACAAGUUAUGAAGUAUAAAAAUCGUUUAAUUAUCGAUAGAUAUUUCCAUUAUUCGAUGCAGACAAUUUACUAACAUGAUUUUACGUAUUCUUUUAUUUUUUUUUCCUACUAGAGUUCAAGUCCUACAAUUUUGUAUGUG